AUCGAGUCUUCCCGCCAAAUCACUGGCUACGCACACGGGACCGUCCUCUGUGAGUCAUCAUCUCUCACAGUCACACCACUGCUGCCGGCCCCAUCCUCGCCAUUAUCCUCAUCACCCGCAUCGCCCAUCGGCUGGUCCGCCACACCGCCACUACCGUCCCCACCAUCUGCUGCCGCACCGGGCCCGUCGUCAAUCACCUCCACAUCUGGACACACAGACACACAGAGAGCCAGAUGGGAAGAGCCUCGUGUGUGUGUCGCUUGUUUGCCGAGACUGACUGACCUCUGUAGUGGUAGGCCGACGAACGUGGCGACGCCGGCACCGUCCGGGCGGGCGACGCGGGCUCUGUGGCAUCCUCAUCGCCGCCACCCGCCCCUCUGAUGUCCCUCUCUGCCCCAUCGCCCCCCUCCAUCAUCUGGUCGUUCGGCGGCGCACUCUCAGCAGCAACAGCAGCAUAUGGAUGGGCCGGCACCGGGCUGAGAUCACCACCGCUCCUUGCCCGGCGUGUUCCACUGCCGUUGCUGUCUGCCGGGGGUGAGUUGGAGUGUAUCAUGGCGAGAAGGUCACGGUCCUGUGAUUGCGAGUCGGUGGGGGUGAUGGCUGGCGGGCGCGGAGCGUCGCUGCCAGACGGAGCGGCCUCGUUUGAAGACGCAGCAGCAGCUGCUGCUGCUUUUGCGGGCUUCUCUUUCCUGAACCAUCGCAGCGCAAUGCAGAGGAGCACCAUUGCCGCCAUGCCACGUGCGUCGGUGGUGUGCAUGCUUGGGCCGCUUGCCUGAGUAGGUCAUGGAACUGCAGCGAGGGGUCGGUGCACGGGGCUUGUGGGUCAUUUCGGUAUUCCCACGGGUCUUCCCACGGGUCAUAUCUGGCCUGGUCGGGCAGCGCCACCUUGCCCACGGGCCGCACCUCACACGGCCCCAUGAACUCCACCAGCUCGUGCACCUCCUCGUACGAUGAAUGCAUCGCCCACAUGACGUGCUGAACACACACACACGAACAAAGAAAGAAACAAACGCACACAUCUGGCCUGGCUUCUCUAGUCGACCUCGCUGUCUGUCUGCCUGUGCCCUGUGUGAGGUGUACCCAUGUAGAGUUUCCAUCUGGGCCUGUCUGGAGGAUCGGCUGGUGCUGGUUUGUGUCCAUGGAGGAGAGGCAUGUCCUGGUGUACCAGCGAGUCGAGGCCACGAUCCACACAGAAGCACGGUCACCGGACUGCCUGAUGGCGGCCUUGGACUCGCUCGGAUGCUUGCCCACCACGAUCCGCGGGACGUCCCGGUCAGUUCCCUGGUGGAUGAGAUGGGCGGAGAAAAAGACAGGAAGGAAGCAGGUAGUGUAGACAGGUCAUCCGUCAAUAGCGACACCGAUGUGCACGGGGGGGUGGGUGGGCUCCUACCUACCGUGACGUGUUUCAGACGCAGGUGUGGGUUUGCGAUCUUAAGAUCGUUGAAGAAUUGCCGACUUCGCACGCCAAGCUCGCUACCGCCAUUGCUUUGCAGCCACUUGUCCAGCCGCUCUAUGAGCUCCUCGCUGCCCAGCCACCCCUGCAGAUUCAAUAGCAACCAUCGAGAGAGGCUUUGGCCUGCGGUGAGUCCAUCCGUCAGUCCAUCCGGUCUUGCGUACCGAAAUGAAGGAGAUGUAGUCGUCCUUGUAGAUGCUGAAGAGUGCCUCUAGCUGACGCUUGCUCUCAUCCUGUGUGCCAGUCAGAUCAGCAACGCAGGCAGGACAGCGAGGGGUGCAGUGGCCGCUGGUGGGCUGCAUGUUUGUGUGUGGGUGUGUCACGCCUUCCUUGCCUUGGUGAUGAACUUGGCGCACUGGCGGUCUGCAAACGUGACGUCUACAUACAUGAUAUCCACCUGUGGCCACACACACAUCCACGCCAGCCAUGCCACCGCCGACGGCCGUGUGCACGUGAGUGAUUCGUCAUUGUUUGUGGGUGGCUGGCUGACCUUCUCCCUCGCCUCUUGAAGGACUGGGUGCGACAGCAGCCCAGCGUAGAAGCGGAAGUCGCCCGUGUGCAUGUGAUAUCGCCCGCCCGCUAAUCGCAGCACCACCCUGUAGCACACGACACAGCACAGCACAGAGCACAGCACAGCACACGCAUCCGGCAAAGAAAACCGCAAGGAUGCCGCCGCUUCGCUUGCUUGGUGUGCUGUGCGUCCCUGCCUGCCUGCCUACAUUGCUGAUCCAGCCAUGUGGUUGGCAUCGAUGAAACACAUCUGAGUGACACACACGACACCCACACAGGCAGAGCUCGAGCAGGUACGCCUGGCUUUGUUCCGAGUGCCGCGGCUGACCUCAACGAUCCCAGCGAUUGGAUCCUGGAUUUCCGUCCACACUACGUGCUCUUCCACACUCACGAUCUCCUGACACACACAGAUGAGAUGCGUCCACGCUUCACACCGCUGACGACAAACAAACAGGCCGCCUCGUCGUUUCUUGCUUGCUCACCACUCUAUCCUUGGGCACAGCCAGAAGGUCCUCGUGGGUGAUGAAGUCGAACGUCUUUUUUGUGCAGUAUAUCUUGCCAUCCUGCCGCUCACAGAAUGCACGAUUCAGCCCUCUAUAGUGAUCUGCAUACGCGACACAACACAACAAAAGACAGACAUACGCAGAUUAAAGAGUAUGCACCGCACCGCAUCCGCCCAUCACAUCCUGCAUCUCUGUGUCCGUCCGUCCGUCCGUCCGUCUGUCUGUACCAGAAUGGAAGUGUGUCAGGAUGAAUGAGGGUACGCCGAAGGUGUCAUCCACCCGUACGAAUCUGUCGACGAAGAUGAGUGUGUUGGGAAACGUGGCAUUCGUGCACAUGACGCCAGUUUGUGAGGAGUUUGUCC